UGCUGACUGACUGACUGACUGCUGAGCCCAGAUAAACCUGCUGUUGUUGCUUUUCGCCCAAAACAUCGAAGGACAGGAGCCAUUUGUCUGUUGUUGAGAUCAUCGGAGGUAUUUUUUCUGGAACUAUGGUUUAGGCUGAUAAAGGUCCGAGAUCUGGAUGAACACUAUGGCUGCAGUGGUGAAUUAUUCUCCGCCGUGGUGGGUUAACCUUUUCCAUCGCCUUCCACACUUAAACCUACAGUUUCAGCUGACCAGCAGCGAUUUUCGCCCGGAGGACACGGAAUAUCAAAAGUCUGUGUUGUUGCUAGGUGCGGCAGCAUUGGUGUGUUUGGCACUGGACCUCCUCUUCCUCCUUUUCUACUCUUUUUGGCUGUGCUGCCGUCGCAGGAAGAACCAGGACUCUCCCAAUGCGGACUGCUGCUGCACCGCUUGGUGUGUGAUCAUCGCCACGCUCGUGUGCAGUGCUGGCAUUGCAGUCGGUUUCUAUGGAAACGGCGAAACGUGCGAUGGCGUGACACGACUGACAUAUUCCUUGCGCCAUGCUAACCAAACAGUGGCAGGCAUCGACAAACUGGUAUCAGAGAGCAGCAGCAGUCUGAAUGAAACCCUGCAGGAGGGUUUGGUGCAGCUGGAGACUGUGUACUCCAAGCAGACAGACUACCUGUCCAUCGUCCAGAAACUGCAGGGUCAGCUGGAUGAGCUGAUCAAUCUGAUGGUGGACGUGCCUUUCUGGAGCACUACGGAUCUCUCUUUGGAUCACCUGGCAUCCCUCACUGAGCAGUUUGACUGGUACAGGUGGUUGGGUUAUCUGAGCCUGCUGCUCUUUGAUGUUGUUAUCUGCCUGCUCGUUUUGGUUGGUCUCAUACGCAACUCUAGAAGCAUCUUGAUCAGUGUUUGUUUGCUAGGUGUGCUGACGCUGGUGAUCAGCUGGGCUUCACUUGGGCUGGAGUUUUCUGUUGCUGUGACUGCCAGUGAUUUUUGUGUUGCCCCUGACUCUUUCAUCACCAAAGUGACGCGUGAGAACGCCGUUAUCAACCAAGAUAUCCUGCAGUAUUAUCUGAAGUGCAGCAUGGGACAGACCAACCCAUUUCAGCAGAAACUCUCCGGGAGCCAUAAAGCUCUUGUGGAGAUGCAGGAUGAUGUUUCUGAGCUCUUGCGUUCCGCUAUCAGAGAAUUCCCCAAGACAAAGAGUAACCUGGAGGAGAUGCAGGCGGUGUUAAACUCCACUGAAGUUAGCCUCCACCACCUCACUGCCCUGGUCGAUUGUCGGAGCCUGCACAUGGACUAUGUCCAGGCUCUGACUGGACUGUGUUACGAUGGAGUUGAGGGUCUCAUUUAUCUGGUCCUUUUCUCAUUCGUCACUGCGCUAAUGUUUAGCUCCAUCGUUUGCAGUGUGCCUCACACCUGGCAGAGCAAGAGGUCUGAGGAGGAGGAUGGCGAUGAGACUACGGCCACACUCGGGCCGCGAGCACCGCACGAUAACCUGUACCGCGUGCACAUGCCCAGCCUGUACAGCUGUGGCAGCAGCACCUACGGCAGCGAGGCUAGUCUCCCCGCUGCGGCACACACUGUCAGCAACGCACCAGUCACUGAGUACAUGAGCCAGAAUGCUAACUUUCAGACCCCUCGGUGCGAGAACACGCCACUCAUUGGCAGAGAAUCCCCCCCGCCGUCAUACACCUCAAGCAUGAGGGCCAAAUAUCUGGCAACCAGCCACCCAGACCAGUCCAGGCCAUCAGAAUCCCAGAACGGUCUGGAGCCCAACAUGCGACCAGACUUGAUCAGCCGCUCAGCUCCCAAUAGCCGACCAAAUUCAGCUAUCCACCGACCCCACUCCGCCAUCCAUUAACCAUCCUCAAAUGCGUAACCAAUAUUCAUCUACCCGUCAAGUCCACCAGUACAAAGUUUGUCUCCACCUCGAUGUUCAGACAUUUGCUAGUAAAGAAAUUCACCCUAACAUCUUUAUCCGAUUGGAAUCAGCCAUCCAUGCUUAUAUACUCUGGCUUUUUAAAGACUCCAUUCAACCAAACUUUUGUUAAAACUGCCCUUUUUUUUACUCCUCUAAUCGCACACAAUGCAUCACAGCAACUACACUGCCCUCUUCUGGAGGACUCCUCUCAGUCGUCUGCACAGUAAUUCCCAUACUACCCUCACAGAGAGUCUCUCAGGGCAGCCAUAUUGGCAAGGACUGCAGGACCACAUUACCACAGCAGGAUAAUGGUUUACACCACUGUCAUUUUUAAGAGUCUUGCCGUGCUGUGCAAGAAAUGUCACCUAUGACAUUUGAUUUUAUGAUGGAGUUCUAUUUUUAAGUAUUUCGCAAAUUACACUUGUCGAUAUAGUUUAACAAGGUUUUAACGAUGCAGCUUUUGCGCUUUCUCUGCAGUUCCUGACAAUAUGGCAGUGUUCUACUAGUACAGCCACAAUCCAAGGUAUCCAUCAUUGCAAUUUAAUGUAAACGGAGAUCUUUACAAGUGUUUAUGGGUUCACUGCAUACUUGUGACUCUGUGGAUUAACAAAUGUUUCUGUCAUUGAAGGCCAUUCUUUGUAUUUACAGUACAGUGUAAUCUAUGGUGUUCUACAGUGUGAAUUGACAGCCAUCAAGCCUUUGAGCCAUUAUGCACAUUCAGUAUCUUAUUCUAGAAGGGAAACAAUUGCACAGCACACUAACAGUGUGUUUGCGUGCGUGGCAUGUUUGCCUUGUGCAUUAGUGAGUGUGUUUUAACUCGGCACAACUCGCGAGCUUUGCUCUUUGUAAAUAGUAAGUGUUUUUGUACUUAAAAAUGUCUAAAUGAUCAACACUACAAACUUGGUGCACUAAUCUUCUGUGUAACAGUGCAGUGCAACAUUUGCCGUGGCUUAAAGCUGCAGUGAAGAAUACCUGUAAAAAAAAAUUGUCAAUGAACUCUGUGAUGAAAUAAUAGUACAUGUUUUGUAGACAUAUCACUUGAAUUUGUGAAUACACUUGUGGGUGCUUGUGUGUAUGUGCACACUUUAAAUGUGAAUAUUUCUAACGGAGGAAAAUUUGCUCAGUGGAAAAGGAGAAGGGAUACCUGGACAUAAAGAGAAAUGCCUCCCCACUG